AACACAACGUUUGACCACACACAAAAACACGUCUCUUGAACUAUGAAUGUGUAUGUUAUAUAUAAACACCACAUAGAAAACAAGAGAGAAUCACAAACACCUUAAUACUCAUUACUUUUGGUUAUAUAUACUCAGAAUCAUCAAAGCUUGCUUUAAUGGACGGAACAUCGUGGGCUGACCAAUGGGACAAUAGUGCGAAAGGAGGCCGGAUAGGAGGCGGGGCCAUCGUCAGUAGCGGCGGAGGUGGAACGAAGCCGUCGAACUCAAACACGGCUAAGUACAAGGAGAAGAUGGGACAAGGGUUGGAGAAGACGAAAGCUGUAGCUUCUUCUGGUUUCAAGAAGCUCAAGACUGGUUCUGCUAUUGGGUUUCGUUGGGUCAAGGACAAGUAUCACAAAACCACAAAAUAACACUAAAAAAUAUUUCCAAGCUCCUUGUAUAAUGAUUAUGUAGUGUGAAUUAUUUACUUGGCAAUAUUAUGUCUGAUGUUGUGUCGAUUUGUAUGAGUUUUCGAAGAUUUGUAUUCAUGUGAUUAAAUUAAAUUGAUUUUGUUUUU